GUUUGUGCAAGGUGAUUGCUUUUUGCAACUCGUUUAUUUUCUCAUGAUGUAAGAUGAGAAUGUUGUAUAGAAAUGUGAAAUUGGGAAAUCUUUUCCAUGUAUAUAACGGAUCAAAAGGCAAAUCUUUGUAAUGGCGUCUUCUCCACCUCUAGCACAAAAGCUAACAGCUGAUGCUGGAUCACAUAAAAGUGCACAGAGCAGUGUAACUUGCGUUUACCAGUCUCAUAUUGGAGGAUGCUGGCGAAGCAUAACCGUUUUAUGGACCAAGAACAUGAUGAACUAUUCCUUAAUCAUGUCCGUCGAUAGUAUGGAAAGUAAUCAACAUCAUACUUUUAAAGUAGACUUAAAGCCUUGGCACUUUUGGUCGCGGAAAGGGUACAAAUCUUUCCAGGUAGAUGGUUACCAGUUGGAAGCAUUUUGGGAUUUUCGGGCUGCUAGAUUUUCUGGAAGUCCUGAGCCUUGGUCAGAUUAUUAUGUAGCAUUAGUUUCUGAUGGAGAGGUGGCAUUAUUGUUAGGGGAUUUAAAGAAAAAGGCAUAUAAGAAGACGAAAUCUAGGCCUGCUUUAUUUGAUGCAUUUCUGAUUUACAAAAAAGAACAUGUCUUUGGGAAGAAGAGUUUUUCAACGCGGGCAUCCUUUGAUCACAGAACCAAAGAACACGACAUCGUUGUAGAAAGCUCAACAUCCGGGCCUAAAGAUCCUGAAAUGUGGAUUAGUGUUGAUGGGAUUGUGCAGAUCAACAUCAAGAACUUGCAGUGGAAAUUUAGGGGAAACGAGACCAUCACAAUAAAUAAGCAGGCAGUUCAGGUUUUUUGGGAUGUCUAUGGAUGGUUAUUUUGUGACCCGGGGUCUAAUCAUGGAUUGUUCAUAUUCAAGCCUUGUGUGACCGAAUCAGAGUGUGACAAGGACGACAGUAGUAGCGUCCAUGGAAAUGGCAGUGACUGCAGCGGUGAAAGCAUGUAUUACUCUACAGUGGGGCAGUCGAAAGAGACUCAAUUUAGCCUUUUUCUUUAUGCUUGGAAGGUUGAGUAGUGUGAUCAGACUUGUAAGUUCCAGUAGUUUACCAGGAUCAUUUAUUAUAUGUUCUUUUCCUCA